UUCUGAAAGCAAGGAGCGAAAGAAGAAGUUGAGAGAGGAUCAGAGGAGGUGAAGUCCUCCCGGAGCAGAGGAGCGACCCGGGGCCUCGCGCCGUGUUUACGGGUCACAACAUGGCGCUCUUCCCAUUCUGCAAGACGGCCUCAGGACCAGUCAGAGUGACACGAACACAACUGGUUCUGUACGCGUUCCUCCUGUCUCUGGUCGUAUACUUCCUGAACGACCGUAAAGCAGCGUUCGGCGUGGAGUCGCCUCGUCCCGCCUUUCCCGCCUCGGGCCUGGACAGGGGCGGAGCUACGACGGAGGUGACGGUCUUCAAGCCCCAAACCCCUCUGGAGACACCCUGGGGUGCUCCUUUGGUGUGGGGCGACACCCCCGGGGCCGCCCGCCGCCGGGCGAAGUUCGCCCAGCGGGGGGUCCGCACGGGCCUGCUGGCCCUCGUGGUGGGAACGUACGCCCGCUUCGUGCGGCGCUUCCUCUCGUCGGCCGAAACCCACUUCCUGCCCGGCCAGAUGGUCACCUACUACAUCCUCACGGACAACCCCCGCACCCUGGACCCCCCCGUGGAGCUGGGCCCCAAGCGCGAGCUCAGGGUGCUCCCCGUCUCCGAGCUGCCCGGGUGGGAGAGGCUCGCCCGGCGGCGGAUGGUGCUGCUCGCCGACGCCAUCCAGAACCCGAUCGUCGGCGAGGAGGUGGACUACGUCUUCUGCGCCGACGUGGACCAGGAGUUCGUGGCCCCCGUCGGGGAGGAGAUCCUCGGGGAGCUGGUGGGCACGCUGCACCCGGAGCUCUUCGGGAUGCCCCGGACGGCGUUCCCGUACGAAAUCCGAGAGGAGUCGGCGGCGUGCGUGAAGGACGACGAGGGAGACUACUACUACACCUCGGAGCUGUUCGGCGGCUCGGUGGCGGAGAUGUACCGACUGGCCCGGGCGUGCUCUCUGCUCAUCCUGCGGGACCAGGCCAACGGGCUGAUGGCCGGCGGCCUGGAGGAGAGCUACCUGAACCGCUACCUGGCGGACCGCCGGCCCAGCAGGGUGCUGUCGCCCGAGUACAGCUGGUGGAGCUCGGCGCUGGCGGCCGACGUGAGCGUGCAGCGGCUGGUGUCGCUGGGCAGGACGUGUGAGGCGCGCGGCGAGCAGGACCACAACGCCUGCACGAAUUAGGGUUCUGCGUGUCAAAAUUAGGGUUCUGCAUGCAAAUAUUAGGGUUCUGCAUGCAAAUAUUAUGGUUCUGCAUGUAAGAAUUAGGCUUUAAAUAAAAAUGUUAAUUCCCCCAA